AGAAUGGUGAGCUGGGUAAAAGAUUUCAAAUAACUAAAGAUGAUUAUCCCACAGUAAUACUGUUUGUUAAAAACAAUCAAGAAGGCAGUAUAGACCAGCAUAGAUUUAAAGACGACUUUACGGCAGAAAAUCUGAAAAACUUUAUUAAAAAUAAAUCAGGAGUCCGAUUGCCGCUUCAGGGCUGUAUUGAACAGUACGAUAUAUUUGCAGACAAUUUUGUGAAGGCUUCUCCUUCUGAAAAAGAAAAAAUAAUCAAAUCUGCUGAGAUAGGUGCUACUGAUUUCGAGUCUCCUGAUUUAGAGAGAGCACAGACUUAUAUAAAGAUAAUGCGUAAACUGGUUUCUGAUCAAGAUUUCCUGCCGAAAGAAGAGAAAAGAUUAAACAAAUUACUGACUGGAAAACUUAAUAAAGACAAAAAGGCCAAUAUUGAGGAGAGGUUGAAUAUUCUAAAAUCCUUCUACAUCAGAUCAUCAGUCAGAGAUGAACUGUAAACAUUCGGGAAAAAAUUUUACGUCAAAAACAUUUUCCUUGCAUUUAAACUUUUUAUGUUCUAGCCCCCCUCCCCUCCCCCCUUAGAAAAUCAUAUUUUUCCUCUAAAAGUUAUACACAUUUUUUUAAAGGUUUCAUUCUCUGAAUUGAGAAAAAUUGAAAAGUUUUAGGAAAACAAUGAUGAUGUUUUGGAUAAAAACUAUCAAAAAGAAUGAAAAAUAAACUUGCGUUUUGGUGUCAAAUUUACCCCCCCCCCUGAAUCCUCAAAAAUCUUUGAUUUAAUUAUGAAAAAUAAACAUCCCUGUAACAUUGUGCACUUGAAUUGUUUUAUGUAAUUAUAAUGUUUCAUUUUUCUACAGAUCAAAUUGAUAUUUUUCUACAUAUUUAUAUGAAGCUUGUUGAUCUCUAUAAAUAAAAAUUAUCCAGUUUAUUA